AUGCUUAAUGUACUCUCUACUGCUGCCCCGGCCGCUCUUGCCACUAUGGUUUCCACGCGUCCAGCUCCACUUGAACAGAUCUUUGAACGUUGUAAACUUAAUCUUGUAGAGUUUACUGCACAAGAUAUUUAUCAAAUCUGUACAACUGCGUAUAAUAUGGAUAAUAUUGGAAUGACGCAGGACCCUGAUUUCAUGCGGGGACUUCAUGACGCUUUCCGCCGUUCUGAUCAGACAGUCCUUUCUCCUUUUCAGGCUAAUUUAAUUGCGGAUACUUUCCGAAAGGUGGGUAUUAUCAGUAUGCCGAAUGAGGUAUCCGUUCCAGAGGAGGAAGCUAUAUCGCCAGAGUCGUUAAUAUUGGUGCUUCGUACUAUGAAUAUUACAAAACAACGAGAUGAACGAAAAAUAAAUCAAGUACUAAAAUUAAUGUUUCCAAUUCUUGAAGAAUUUAGUCCAACUCAACUUUCUUUAACCGUUACAGAAUUGGCACGACUCAAGUGUACAAACACAGAUUUUCUAGGUAAACUAGCAAAACGUAUAAUUGAAUCAAAUGAUGAUUUAAGUGCUCUUGAUAUAUCGUUAACAGCUAUGAGCCUUGCUUAUUGUCCAGGUGUUUCACAUAAUAUAUUGCGUCGUGUCUUUCAAAUUGUAGAAGAAAGAAUGGGAGAAUUUCAACCUGAAGAUUAUGUUAACAUUCUAUACGCUCUUAAUGCGUUAGGACCAAAAUUUAUAGGAACUUUUCGUUCUCUAGUGGAAUGUGGUUUAGAACAUGUGGAGAAUAUGGAUGCUGUAACACUAACAAAUUAUCUUGUUUGUUUUAGUACAAUGGAUUAUAAAAAUCGUGAACAUGUUGAAAUUUACGCUGAUGCUCUUGUAGAAGUUGCCGUAGACCUUUCAGAAAGAGAAUUAAUACAAGCUUUUAUUGCAUUACAACGACUUCGAUUACUUAGUGAUUCUAUGUUUGGAACUAUGGCAUCUUGUACGCUUCGGUAUGUAUCUAAGAUGGAUCCACGUAAUAUUGCACCUGUAAUGGAUAUCUGUAGUACUGUACCUUAUCCAUCUGAUCCUUUAAUGCGAGCACUUAUGGAUCGUGCAGCGGAAUGUACUCGUCUUUUAACACCAAGUCAACUUGGGGAUAUCCUUGAUAUCAUAGGACUUUAUCCACCUGCACGUGAACAUCCACUUGUUCAUCUCUUUGGUAAACAAGCACGUUUACGUCUUGAUUUGAUGGGUCCUGAAGCCUUAGCUGGAGCUACACGUGGUCUUGCUAAUCUUGGCUAUGAUGAUCCAGAGUUCUAUAUACAGGCUGCUGAGACUGGGUUUCGCUAUGGUUUUAAGGACUGGUCAUUGUUAGAACCUAUACUCAUGGGUCUCAGUAUAACGGCACAAUGUCCACCUUAUAUGGUACGGGUACUUGGUUCGCAUAUGGCACCUAUGGCACGUUCAAUGAGCUUAGCAGAGAUUGAACGUGCUAAUCGAUAUAUGAAACGUCUUGGAUCUGAGGAUGAUUUUGUGUAUAAAGCUAUGGCAACACGUGUUUUACAUUUUGUUAAGGAAAUCACACCUGAUAUGCCAGAGGAAUUACAGAUUCUGCUCCAGAGGGGAGCUGUUGAGCCUAGUGCCACUUCAGGUGUUGUUUAG